GUUGUGAUCUCCUCCUCCUCCUCGGCGAGGCGGGACGAUGGCGGCGGCGAUGGCGAUGGCGGCGGCCGGGCGGCUGGAGCAACAAGGCGAGGACGCCUUCAGGAGGCUCUUCAAGUACUACAAGAGGCGCAAACCCCCGCCAGACCUCUCCGCCGUGCUCGACUUUUCCAGAGCUCAGGAGAAUCUCAAAGUUCUGAUUGCACCACUUCAUGCAGCCUCUGUCAGCGAUAGGGAUGCCUGUAAAGCUGGACUACGGCCAGUUAGGAAGUGGAAGGCGUAUACCUUAGCUGGUUAUCCAGGAUUCACGUUCAUUUCGGAUCCCUUUCUUCCUGGAUGGCAGCGAUACUGGGCCAAGCAGUGUUUGAAAAUCUACCCUCGGAAACCAAAUGUCUGCAAUUUAGACCUGCACAUGUCACCCGAGGAAACCAAGGACCUGUGGGAGCAAAGCAGAGAACAGCUGAGGCUAAAAGGCUCUGAUAAACGAGAGGCUAAAAGCUUGCUGGAGAAACUUCGAUGGGUUACCUUAGGAUAUCACUACAACUGGGGAACAAAGAAAUAUUCGGCCGACCACCAUACGACAUUCCCCGUAGACCUGGCGUACCUGUCGGAGCAGGUGGCAGCAGCUUGUGGCUUCCACCAGUUUAAGGCAGAAGCCGGGAUAUUGAACUACUAUCAUUUUGACUCUUCGCUGGGCAUUCACGUGGACGAAUCAGAGAUUGACUGCUCCAAACCCCUCUUGUCAUUCAGCUUUGGUCAGUCUGCUGUGUUUCUGCUUGGAGGCCUGAAGAGACAGGAUUGCCCCCUCCCCAUGUUCAUGCACAGCGGCGACAUCAUGAUCAUGUCGGGCAGCAGCCGCCUCCUCUACCACGCGGUGCCCCGGAUCCUCCCUAAUGUGGAAGGGGGGCUACUCCCCAGCUGUUUGGUGCAGACAACAGCCAGCAACAACCAUCAAAGCAACGAAGGUGACUGGCAAAUCUGCGCUCAAUACCUGGAGAGCUCCAGGGUGAACAUGACUGUGAGACAGGUGCUGGGAGCUGGACAAUGUUUCCCAGUCGAGACAGACUGUGAAAGGAGAGAUGCCGCCCAGGCUUAUCCUCAAGACUACUCCACGGAAAAGAAUGAACGGAAAUUGGACAGGACUGAUGUGGCAGAGUCUCCAGAUCUCCUCUGACCAUUCCUGAAAAUUAUAUGGAGGAGUUUCCGUCAAGGCAGGGUUGCCUCAGCUCUCUUUAUCACACACAAUGUUGGAGAUAAAGGUUCAGGCAGCAUCUCUGGUGAGAAAGAAUGGGUCAUUCAGCUGUCUGAUCCGCUGAGUUACUCCAGCAUUUUGUGUGUGUGUCUUCGAUUUAAACCAGCAUCUGCAGUUCUUUCCUCACAUUCUCUUUAUCACAAGAUAGCUUCUUGUGUUUAAGCCCUUAAAAUCUGAUGAAAGGUUCCUCCAUUCAUACUCCACCCAAGCAUGUUUCCUGCGAUCUCAUUAAGUUCUUCUUCCAUGGGUUCAUCCGGCUACUCCGGUUUUCAGGGAGCUUUCUGUCCACAUUUCUCCAUCCAGUUGUGAUGGUUGCUCUUUUUUUUUCUCUUCACAAGGAGAAACUGUGCUCGAGCAAGUGGCGACUUUGAUAAAGUGACAAUGUUAAGAGAAAGCCCGAGAGCUAUUACACGGUCGAAUCUGAUGGGAGUUUCAAUUUUAUACCAUCUGAAUAAUAAAAGGUAUUAAUAUAUGA